AAGGCAAGGUAUUGUGUAAUUUGGAUGCAAUUUCGUGAUCUCCGAAAAGCAACAAGAUGAUCUGUCCUCCACUGCUAGGGACAAUGACAUUUUAGCCUCAAAUUCAAUAAUAAUUUACGUACGAACCAGAAGUUAAGCUUAGCUGAAGUCAAACGAAAAAUUGAAGCUCUCUAGUCUGGCAAUUAUCCCUAGAUAUCUCCUCUCUCUAUCCCGUCAAUUCUCAAGUAUUUGCUCUCCUACCAUGGCCGACGCGCUUGUUUCUGGAGUCUUAGAACAACUAACAUCAAUCGGCCUUCAAGUAGCUGGAAACGGGGUAAGACUUGUUGUUGGUGUAAACGAAGAAGUCAAGAAUCUCAGCAGCGCUUUUCGGACCAUCCGAGCUGUCCUUGUAGAUGCAGAGAAAAGACAAGUGAAGGAGGAAGCUGUUAAAGUUUGGCUUGAUAAGCUUAGAAACGUAUCUUACGACAUUGAAGACGUGUUGGAUGAGUGGAACACUGCAAUUCUCAGAUCGCAAAUCGAGGGAUAUAAUGGAAGCCCUUCAACUUCAACUCCUCUGAGUCAGGUAUGCUCUUGGAUUCAGCCCUCAGGCGUUUCUAUUCCACGACUUGUUCAACGUCGUGAUAUUGCUGUCAGGAUCAAAGAGCUAAAUGAGAGGCUUCAAGCCAUUGCCAAGGAGAAAGAUGAUUACGCUUUCAUAGUUAAUCUAAAUACGAAUAACGAUCUAGGACCUGAACGACCAAAAACCACAUACUUUAUUGAUGAAUCUGAAAUAUGUGGUCGAGACCAAGAUCGAAACACCAUUAUGAGCAUGUUGCUAGGUGAAAAUAACCAUGCAAAAAGGGGAAUCCCUAUAAUCUCUAUUGUGGGGAUGGGAGGCAUAGGGAAAACAACUUUAGCCCAAAUAGUUUACAACCAUCAAGACCUGAACGCCUAUUUUCAAAAGAAAAUAUGGGUGUGUGUUUCAGAUCCUUUUGAUGAGAUGAGGAUUGCAAAAGCAAUUCUUGAAACUCUAACGGGUGUUGCCUCGAGUUUUAGUGAGUUGAGUACUGUACUAGAGAAAAUCCACGAAUCUAUUGUGGGAAAAAGGUUCCUUCUUGUCCUAGAUGAUGUGUGGACUGAGGAUGAGAGGAAGUGGCAGUCGUUGAAAUACUGUCUUAACGGUGGUUCCCAAGGAAGCAAAAUCUUGGUCACCACACGUAAGGAGAAUGUUGCUACUAUCAUGGGUUGCACCAAAUUAUUCCAGUUGGGGAAGUUAUCCAAAGAAGAUUGUUGGUCUUUAUUUAGUCACAUAGCAUUUUUUGGAAGGAAUGGCAGAGAGCGUGACAGUUUGGAAGAUAUUGGUAAGAAAAUUGCAGAUAAGUGUCAGGGCUUGCCACUUGCAGCAAAAACUCUGGGAGGUCUCUUACGUUUCAAGAGAUCUAGAGAACAAUGGCAAAGAAUCUUGGAUAGUCAUAUGUGGGAGCUUGAUGAGGCUGAAAAAGGUCUUUUUUCUCCAUUACUAUUAAGCUAUUAUGAUUUGCCAUCGCCAUUAAGGCAAUGCUUCUCAUACUGUGCCAUUUUUCCGAAAGAUCAUAAGAUAGAGAAGGAUUUGUUGAUCAAGUUAUGGAUGGCUCAAGGUUUUCUUGGAGAAAUGCAAGGAACUAAGAUGGAGACUGUUGGUGAAGAGUACUUUGAUAACUUAGCAAUGCGUUCUUUCUUUCAAGAGUUUGAAAAAGAUGAAGAUGAUGAUAGCAUAAUUCGAUGCAAAAUGCAUGAUAUAGUGCAUGAAUUUGCUCAACUUUUGAGAAAAGCUGAAUGUUUUCUAGUAGCAAGCAACGGUAUUGAAGAGCAAAUAGUUGACUGUUAUUAUGAAAAUGCUCGUCAUUUAACAUUCAUUCUUGAUGAUGAACAUGUUGCAAUUCCAAAUCCCAUUUAUAAUCUCAAAAAGUUACGUAGCCUCCGAGUUGACUUGAGUCAUUUUGAUUUAUCAAAUUUAAAGAUAUCUGUGCCGAGAUUAUUUGAUCAGUUGACUUGUUUAAGAAUGCUAGACUUGAGUAGCAAGAGAUUUCGACAGCAAAGUGCAAUUAAAGGACUUCCACGAGCAAUAGGAUGUUUGAUACAUUUGAGAUAUUUAAAUUUGGAGGGAAAUAAAGGAUUGGAACGAUUGCCUGAGACACUGUGUGAGUUACCUAACUUACAAACUCUAAACAUCAGGCUGUGCUCAAGUCUUAAAGAAUUGCCUAUUGGAAUUGAAAGGCUAGUCAACUUGAGACAUCUUCAAAAUGCAGGAACAUAUGGAUGCAACUCCAUGCCACCUGGAAUGCGAAGUUUAACAUGUCUACAGACAUUAGAAGAGUUUGUUGUCUAUAGCUUUGAUGCUUUGAGAAUCAAGGGUAGAUGCAACAUUAGUGAUUUGGGAAGCUUGGCUCAUCUUCGAGGGAAUCUUAAGAUAAUAGGAUUGGGAAAUGUGAGAACAGGGAAUAAGGCAGGGGAUGCAGGACUUCGGAAUGAGACUGGCGUCCGUAAUCUUCAAGGGAAUCUUAAGAUAAUAGGAUUGGAAAAUGAGAGAACAGGGAAUGAGGCAGAGCAUGCGAUACUUCAGAAUAAGACUGGCCUCCGUAAUUUGACUCUAUCGUUUAAUUCCAAUGCCAAAACUAAGAGAAUUACGGAUGAAGCAUCUGUUCUUGAUAAGAGAAUUACGGAUGAAGCAUCUGUUCUUGAAGCCUUACAACCACCUUCGUAUCUGGAAUCUUUGAACAUAAAUCGCAUGAAUGGUCCAACUGUAUACCCCAGCUGGAUGGCGUCAUUGACUAUGCUUAAGAGGGUUAUACUAUGGGCUUGUUUCAAUUGGAAAACUUUGCCUCCCAUGGGAAAGUUACCAUUCCUUGAACAUCUGGAGAUAUGGGAAAUGAAGAAAGUGAAAAGAGUGGGUGAAGAAUUUAUGGGAUUAGAAAGAGAAGAUGGACAAACAUCAUCUUCUUCAUCAUCUAGUAAUAACAACAAUAUUGCCUUCCCUAAUUUGAAGCAUCUCAAGUUUCAAUUUAUGGAAGAGUGGGAAGAGUGGGAAUAUGGGAACCUAUCCACAAGCAUAGGACAUGAUGGCUCUUGCUGUACUACAAUCAUGCCAUGUCUUCGUUCCUUGAAUAUCAAUAGUUGCCUCAAGUUGAAGUCGCUGCCGUGCCAUCUUCUCCAGAAAAGGACCCUGCAAGUAUUGGAGAUCUUUGAUUGCCCUAUUCUAGGGGAACGAUGUUUAAGAAAUGGGACAGGGGAUGGCUGGCCCUAUAUCUCUCACAUUCCAACCAUCACUAUUAAUGGUGAAGACGUGAAAAGAGAUGGGCAUUGAUCACUUUUCGGCUUCAAAGCAUUGGCUUAUUUUCUCGGAAAUCUUAUUUGGUAAAGGACAUGAAGAUCAGCCCUGCUAAGCCCUCUGAUGUUGCAAAAAAUUUAUGGGAGGAGUAAGAACAAAAAGUUCGAAACCCAAAGUAAAGAUCAUAUUCUUUGAUGUUGAAUCACCUAUAUCUCAGAAAAUUGGCGUUAAAUAAUUGUGUGCUACAAGCAACUAAGCAAUUAAUCAGCCAUGAAAUUCCUUCCAAGGGAAGCCGUAAUCAUACUCGAACACCUGUUCUUUAGCCAUUGUUGGCGCACCUGGUGAUGCAUGGUAAGUAGACUAGAUAAGUGAUCCAUUUUGCUCUCUGUAAUAGUCCAUGCAAAUUUUCAAGCAUUUGAAACCGCACCUAGCUAAUUGUAUGUUAUAAUUGGAUUUGAAUGGCACGCAAUUCCCCUUUGUGGCUGAAGGUGUUUAAUAUAUAGGAAGGAAAAGCCUGGCUUACAUCUAGAAGGAAGAAGAGGUGUAUACAUGUUCUUAUUCUUAGAAGAUGGAGUUCUUAUUUUCCUUAUUUAACAAUUUGACUCCUAAUUUCCAAAAGGAAUAUUACAGAAAGUAAAAUGAAUUCUAAUAUCAACCCAAUUUAUAGUAUAUCCAACUAUAUUAGCAUUAUAUUUUGCCUAAAUCCCUUUCUCAAUUGGUAUACCUUUUUCUCAUUCUGAUUGUGGGUUGGGAUUUAACAUAAAAUCUGCAACAAUUUCCUUUGAAUCCGUUCCGUUGUUAUUGUUAACCUCUGCAAUAUAGUCUUCCUGAUUAACUCCUUUAAUUUGAAAAUCCUCCCUUUUCUUAUCCCCUCUAUUUUAACAGGGAAAGAAGAUUUUCCAAUUCCUACAAAUUGAAUUGAAUAAUCAUAUAUUAGACUCUAGAUUUUUAAAAAAAAAAAAAUUACAGAAGUUGAUUUCUUUUUCUAGGCUGAAAAUGACUAUCAAAGGCCAUGUUUAGCAGCUUUCAUUUCUUUGAAAUCGUCAUCAUAGGUGGAUUGCUCCUGUUUUGUUAUUUAUACAACAUUUUGCUUUACAUUUGGUUUGAAGGUAUAUAAAGAGUUAGAGAACUCCAUUCAUUCAUAAGAAGAUCUACGCUUUCAGAUACCUUAAGUUAAUGCAUAGAACGUAACAUGCAAAGUAGAUUAAUCAAUUUGGGUUCUAAGCAUUUGAGCACUGGAGCCAGGUUUUCUAACUAUUUGCCCUAGGGAGCUUAUGCAUGGGAUUUUGGUUUAUCUUCCUCUGUGAUAAAGUGUUUCAUGGCGAGGAAAACCCAGAUAUGUGGUUCAUCACUGCCAAGAAAGAAGAAUAUUGUAGCAUGCUGUGUAUUCUCUUUCCAGAAACUGUGCUUGAGAGGAAAUGCAGAAAGCAUAAGCUGAAGAGGAGAUAUCUCAUCAUGUCAUCCUUCAUAGGUCCACUCGUAUGAACUUCUUAUUCUCAAUCACCAGUUUUCUGUCCUUUCUUAAUUCCAUUUAACAACAAAAGACUAGACCUGUACACAAGCUUUAGAAUUUUCUCAUUUUUUACAAAUUUCUUUCUUAUGGCUCUGCUGUUGACCAACGGGCUGUCCAUGAUACAAGCACAAAAUCCAAGAUAGAUAUGCUACAAGCACUGGCCUUAAAAGUGUGUUGAUUGAUGAAGCAGGGAUUGUCCAAUAAAAUUUUAUAUCAGAAGUCACUGCACCUAGCCUGCAAGAGAUCUUGGUUCUCUGGCAAUGGAGAGAACAAUCAUAGUGAUGGACUGAUGACUUAAGGUCAUUUGGAUUGCUUAUCUUUGGGCCACUUUAAUGAUAUAAAUCUUUAUGUCUAAGUAAUGCUUUCUACUCAAGAUACUUCUAAGACUUGUCCUCUAAAAUAUUAGUAAGAUUUAUCUUGCUUCACCCUAUUUACUAGAAUGCCAACCUCAUGAAACCAAUGAAACAUGCCCUUGCAGUUUUGACAAUGCUUUUGAGCGUACAUAACAGAAAGCAUUUCAUUUUCAGGUAGUGAUAGUUGCAAGUUGCUGUAUUUAGUACCCUUUGAGAUUCAAUUAGAAAUCAGCAUGACCUUUGACUUUGAGGAUUUUCGAAAGAAGUGCCAUGCAACUCAGGCAGCAGAUUGAGCAGAUAAUCACUAGGAAGCUGCUGUCCAGAGGUGCCAUGCAUGAUUUCCUGAGAAACCCUUUUUUCCCUGAACCGGGGGAUAUGAUUGGCACCUGUAGAAUGAAAGACAUGGAAGCACCAAUUGGCCUUAAGCAUUUUGAGUUUCACCAAGAAGUAAUGGCUGAGUACUUCCUUGCUUGGAAUGCAGGAUGCUUCCUUUCUUGGGGCUGCAUAUAUAUUUCAUUCAUCAUUAUGUGUCUUCCUGGGGCGAAGUUGAGAGUUCCUAUGCUAGAGAGCAAAUAUGAUGACAAAAUUCUAGGAGCUUCUUGACCAUCUCCACUCUGUUAGGAUGUGGCUUUUUAUGCUCCAUUCAAAAACCAUGGCAUCAACUUGCAUAGAUUGGAAGGUCUUGAAGUACUACAAAGUUUUUUUUUUUUUCCUUUUUCUUUCUUUGGUUUUAACUUUUGGGAAGAAAAUUGUUGCACAAAGGAAGCAAUAACAUAUUUUUGUCUUCACAUUUGAAUA